AGGUUUUUUUGUUCAGCCACUGCCUACUCUGGCUUGGUCUCUCUCUUCUCCGCACCCCGGAGGAGUCCCACCCAACUCCACCUCCGCCGCGAUAAGCCCUAGCCUCCACCUCCGUCUCCAUGGCGACCACCACCACCCUUUCCCACCCGCUCUCCGUGCCCAUCGCCGGGGGCCGCGUCCGGCGCUGCCCCUUCACCCUGCUCGCCCCGGCCCGCACGGCCCCCCGGCGGCCGACGCCCCUCCUCGUCGCCCGCGCCAAGCGCACCAACAACUCCAGCGCUGCCCCGAAGCGAGAGGCGGACGAGGAGGUUGAGGUGGAGGAGGAGCUGCCGUGGAUCCAGGACAAGGCGCUGGACCUCGUGGAGUUCACCGGCACCGUCACGCAGGCCAUCCCCGGCCCCCGCGUCGGCUCCAGCCCCGUGCCGUGGCUCCUCGCCGUGCCGCUCGCCUACGUCGGCGUCUCCUUCGCCCUCGCCGCCGUCCGCACCUUCCGCAGGUUCACCUCCCCGCGCACUCAGAAGAAGAAGAGGGUGACCAAGAAUAUAUUCUUGUUGAAGUCACUAGACGAGUUGUUUCAGAAGGGCAGGGAAGCAGUGGAUUUUCCAGCUCUUCAAGAACUAAUGCAAAAGACAGGAUUUGACAUGGAUGAUGUAGUAAGAAAGUACAUCCGAUACACACUGAAUGAAAAACAAUUCAAUCCUGAUGUGGUUGUGGAUCUCAUACAUCUUAGGAAAGCAUCGAUGUUAGAAGAUAAUGAAGUUGCUGAAAUUCUGAAUGAGAUAUCUAGACGAAUUGUUCGGGAAAAAGGUCCAAUAGUUAUGGACUUAUCUGGGUUUACAGAGCAAGGUUUUAAGCGGAAGCUUGCUGUGCAGACAUUGUUCGGAAAAAUCAUGUACUUAUCAGAGCUCCCAGAGUUCUGUUCCCGGGACGGCUCGCUUGUUGUCAAAGAAAUCUUUGGAGUUACAGACGAGGAUGCAGACAGCCUUCGCAGUCGUACCCUUUCUGAAGCUGGUGAUAUCGAGUCGUUAGAAAGGAUGGUCGAAGAUUCUGAUGAACAUGGUACCCCAUCAUCAUCUUGAAGUAUGUUAGUGGUUGGAUACUUAUCAUCUUUGAGUUUUGUCAAUGGUUGAAGAAGAGAGGGUUGUCCUGGAUAGUUGACUGCAAGUUUUGUAAAUCUACCUUCUACUAGGAUUGUAGCUUCUGGCAGUAUCUCGGACCUGUCUACCACCUGACUAAAACAAGGAAGUUGUUGAGAGAAUGGUAGCAGUGAGUUUAUAUAAAGCGACAAUUGUUAACUGUA